AUGGAUCCGCGCCGCGCGCCCCUCCUCGCGGCCUGCCUCGGCUUGCUCCUGCUCACGGCCGCGCCGGCGCGGUGCCUGGCGGAGAGCCGAGAUGCCAUGAGCGACGGAGCUAGCUCGGACGGCGCCAGCGGCAGCAGCGGGCCGAUCGGCGGUGCGGGAAGCGGAUGGCCGGGGCACGUCAGAAGGCUCCGGCAACAGAACUUGGUUUUGAUCACACAGGGGCCUUCUGCAAAUUCAUUUUCAAAUAAAGGCGAGGCAGUUAUCCAUUUCGUCGUGGAAGGUUUCUACACCAUGACGGUGUGCUCGCUGCAACUCGAGGGCGAGGUGCUCUGGGGAUGGCACGAGUGCAAGUCGCCGUAUGAACUAGAGAACCUGAGCCAGGACGGUAGAUACACUUUCGAGAUUCAGGCUCUAGUCGGCAGUGGGCAGAAUAGUGCAUCAGAGACGCACAAUCCCAAUGGUGGCAGUGCAUCUGUCAGCUGGAUAGUGGACCAGGUGCCACCAGACACGCACUUUGUGGGUGAUAUGCCUAGCAAGGAAACAAAAGAGAACUUUGCAACUUUCAACUUUGAAGGAACAGAUGGUUUGUUCGACGUUGAACGCUUUGAGUGCAGUUUUGACAGCAGGGCAUGGGAGGACUGUCAAAGUGGCAUCAAAUUGCAGGGCUUGUCUGUUGGCCUCAACACAAUACGAGUACGAGCAGUUGACCGGGCAGGGAAUGUGGAUCCCACCCCAGAGCGUUUUGGCUGGGUCGUUGGCCCAGCACCCGAUCGGCCACUCAUCGGGUCUGACGGUGUUCUGGUAGAGAAGGGGACAGAUGGGGAUCCUGAUUUUGGAGGCGGCUUUAUUGGUGUCCCAACGGAUGGAUCUGCUUCUGAGCCUGGGGAGCCACAAGUGCCACCUGCCACUGGGGUUGGCGACACUGCUUGGACUGCCAAAAUUGAAGAUGGGCUUGGUGAUGCGGCAGAGAUGGCUGAAGAAAACGUGUUGGCGUCUGUGGGCAUUGCAGCCGCAUUGCUGGCGUUGCUCGCAAUGUGCUGCUGUUGGGUGUGUGUGAGAUGUCGAAAAUCGCAGGCCAACAAGUUAGGGCAGCCCCUGGUGGACCUGGAACAGCAGCUGGGAAACGUGCGGCAGGGUCAACCCGCCCUGGGAAACCAUGGGACUGUUGGGCCAGAGGUUGAUGGAUCCCAGAUCAAAAAUCUGCUGCAAGAAAGCCUCCCUGACAAGUGCAGGCGUUUCAAGUACAGCGAACUUUCUGAUGCAACUGGCGGUUUCCGAGAGGAGAGCAUGCUGGGGGAGGGGGGGUUUGGCAAGGUUUACCAUGGCGUGUUGAAGGAUGGCACGCAGGUGGCGGUGAAGAAGCUUGAGAAAGGGGGCCAGCAAGGCGACAAGGAGUUCUACAUCGAGAUCUCCACACUGUCCAAAAAGUGCAACAGCCCAAACCUUGUCAGGCUUCUGGGUGCGUGCGUAGAGGACAAUCAUCGGCUGUGUGUGUUCGACCUCAUGGAAUGGGGCAAUCUUCGAGACCUGCUGGAUCGCAGUGACACGAGGCUGAACUGGGAGGGAAGGGUCAAAGUGGCAAUUGAUGCAGCCAAAGGGCUGUUGUACCUGCAUGAGGGGGAAGGUCUUGCCAUUGUCCACAGGGACUUCAAAUCGGAAAACAUUCUGCUGGACAGAUAUGGAGAGGCCCAUAUCUCGGACUUUGGCUUGGCAACAACAAUGCAGAAGAGUGCACAUUCCAGGCACAGCAGGCGAUCAUCCUCCACAGCCCAUUCCCAAGCGAUUAUGGGGACAUUUGGUUACGUUGCCCCAGAGUAUGCCACCACAGGACGUGUCACCACCAAGUCAGAUGUUUACUCUUUUGGGGUAGUUAUGCUGGAGUUGCUGACGGGCCGCCACGCAGUUGACAUGAAGCGGCCAGAAGGCGAGCAGCACCUGGUGCAGUGGGUACUGCGGAGGAAGGACACCCUGGAUGGGAUCAUGAAGUCUGCCGACCCAGCCUUGGAAGACCAGGCUUCGGGUGUGCAGUUGGCAGCUUAUGUUGAGCUGGCUGCCACUUGCUUGCUCACAAAUCCACAGGAGCGGCCGACAAUGUCCGCAGUGACUGUUGCCCUUGAGCAGCUCAGGAAUUUUGGCCCCGAUGAAGAGGGCUUGCUAAGCAACUCCAAGCGAUCACUGCUGCAACUUGACAGAAAGUCGUCAACGUCGUGCGCGCCUGCCCCAAAAGUGCCUCCUCUCCCCAGGCUGCCCUCCAUCCCAGCUGGCCAGGAGCCAGAGGAGUUCCACAGCAGCCGAUCAGCGCACCCCGAUUCGGAACCCAAGGGCGAGGGGCAGCAUUCGACGGGCGCCAGCCCAAACUUGGAUGUGGUGGGAACUCAGCAAAUGGGUGGCGUGGUGGUGGGCAAGGCUGUGCAAUGGGUGCGUUUCGAGGGCGGCACUUUGGAGAAGAUCAACAGGUCCCACUCAGACACUGUUGUGAGCCCCGACGAACUGCCAGAUCCAAUAACAUCGGUGCAGAGCGCAGGGGAGCUGGGGCAGGGGUGCAACGCCACUUGGGGAUUCGAUGCCGAACUGCAGGGCGGAGUAUUUACUGCUGGGGCGCACCUCCCCAUUGUGGCGGCGUUUGGAAGUGCUGCAGUGCUGGGCGAAGCAGUUCCCGGCCCAGCAGCUGCGGUGGACGCUGACCACCCAGUUCCAGGCGCAGCCGCGUCAGCAGCAGGCUCCAAGGCCACACCCCUGGCGUCAGAGGCCAAGCUUGAAGGUGCGGCACUGGACAACGGUCAGCAGCAGGCGCAACCUUGA